UAGAUUCCACUAUAUAAUAAUUUAUUUAUCCAACAUUUAAAAAUUAUAAUCAUUGUAAUAGUAUAUUUAAAAUAUCCAAUUUCUGUUGUUAAAUCUUAUAAAGAAUUUUUCUUUCAUAAACAAAAUAGUAUUAUUUAAAAUGAAAAUUUCACCUGAAUUUCUUUUACAAUUUACAAAAAUUGGUACAUGCUUGACAUUAUGUUGGCCACCUUUGAAUCAAGUUUCAAAAUUAAAAUUAUUGUUGUACGAUACUUUGUGUUGUCUUUCUUUUUUAUCGAGUCUCUUUUUACUGUUUCCAUUAUGUUCCUCUGUAUAUCAAGAUUGGAGUAAUCGAUUAAUUAUGACAAAAUCAAUUUGUCUUGCCUGUCCCGUGUUACAAGUCGCCAUGAAGAUUUUCGUUUGCAGAUUUCAACGCCAUCGUUUUAAGAUUCUGCUUCAAGAAUUGUUAAAAUUUUUAAAAGAAGCCAAUAGAGCGGAGAGAAAAGUUAUUGAUUACUAUUUAAAAAAGCAUGCUGUUUUACAUUUGUCAUUGUCCUUUUCUGGUUUCUUGACCGCGUUAAUUUUUGUCAUUGGCCCUUUCUUAUUGUCAACGCCUCUACCAACUGAUGCCAAAUAUCCUUUUUUAAUAAAUUCAAGGUUCAGAAGGUUCAUUAUUUAUAUUCAUCAAAGUAGUGUUACCUUUCAAGUUGUAUCAGGAAUGGCAAUCGAUUGUUUGUGUGCUUCCCUACUUUGGUUUACUGCAGCAAGAUUUAGAAUUUUAGCCAAAAAUUUUCAAAAUAUUCAAAGUGAAAGCGAUGUUUAUUUACGAAUACGUCAACAUCAACAUCUGCUCAUCUAUGCAAAAACUCUAAGAAUAGCAAUACGAGGCGUAGUAUUUUCAACAGUGUUUACAGCAACAAUUGGUAUUGUGUUUGCUAGUGUUCUAUUUUUUACCCCGGAAUCUCUGAUGAUUAAAGCUCAAUUUGCAUUUCUUGUAUGUUCCGCUGGAGUCCUUGUUUUUUUAACCGCUUGGCCUGCCGAACAUCUGAUAUUAACAACUUCUGAAAUAGGAACUGCUGCUUUUGAUUCUUCUUGGAUUGGUUUACCACCAAAGCUUUUGAAAUGUUGGAUUCUUAUUUUUAAAAUGUCACAAAAACCAAUUACAGUAAAUAUUGCAGGUAUACUUCCAACUUUAUCUCUACCUUAUUUUUUUCAAUUUGUUUCCAAAGUUUUUUCAUACCUCGCAACACUAAGAAUUGUAAUAAUGAAAGCAAUGACAUAAUGUAAAUUAAAAAUAUUAAUUAAUUUUAGUAAUUCCAUUCGUGUAAAUGUAAUACCUACGAGUGUAGAAAAAUAUCUGUGUUUUACAGGUUAAAAUUACUGAAAUUUUAAAUUAAAAUAUACCUUC